AUGCCCGAGAUGAAGACUACAGCAAGGAAGUCCACCGGAGGAACCGCAGAACGAAUGUUGCUCUCAAGCACCGUCGACCAUACUUCAGUUGCGCAGACUCAAGAUGUAGAUGAGGAUGAAUUGGAGCAUAACGAUUGCUUGAACAUUCCCAAGAACUGCCAAGCGGCGGUGACGGCUGCCGACGUCUCCUUCAUUUGCAUCGUCUGUCACGUGAGGGAGCAAAAGGACAAUGAUAUUCCAGCGCCUUAUUUUGGAUUUUACAAGGACGGAAUUCCCUUACUGGCAGAAUUCCUGCCCAUCCUCGCCGCCGUCGAAGUGUCGCUUAAAGGAGAGAUGUCUGCAGUACCCGUUCUGUUUCUCCAUCUCAAACUCGUGAAUUUCGACGCAACCAGUGGGCCAUUCGAACUGGCCUACCAUUUCCUCGAACCGUAUUUUCCACGGGGCGGGUUGCAGUACCAGGAGGUUACUUUUGAUAUCGCGACGCAAUCCAAGCUCGCCACAUAUGAACAAGACGUCGGCAAGCUUUUGAACGACCUCCUGCCUCAGCCGCGUUGGACUCGCGUUGUGAUUGCCAUUACGAAUCAUUCGGACAGCGACAGCGGGGAUCUCUUUGCAGGAUACCGAGGCAAGAACUACAUUUCUGCGACGGUACAAAAUUUCCUUGACGUCCUCUUCAAACCAUGGAAGGCUCUCCUCGAUCGUGCACAGGAGUCCUAUCUCUGGCUCUUUUGCUGCGGCGCCCUUGUCAACAAACCUAAGUCCUCCGCUGCAUUACGAACCUGGGUCGACCGUAACCCAAUCACUGCAGCCAUUGCCUUUACCGCAGUCCGAUUCCAGCCCGGUUUCACAUGCCAUCUGCUACUUGCAUUCGCAGAGCUCGUCCUUAUCGAACGAUGGGAAAUCGGCAUCGCAUUUCCUCACAUGCUUGGCCAAUCCAACCGACUUGGACGGCACACCGAUAUCGUUUUAAUGCUGAAGAAGAACAGGGAGUUGGGAUCGCUUACGGUGGUAAAAUUUAGCUGGGCGAAUGUCGACAACCGUCCUUGGGGGCAGUAUUUGCCCUUCCAAUGUCCAGGAUGCGGAUGGGCACAGGCUUGGCGAUCUGCGAGCAAGGCAAGGGUUUAUACUUAUGAGUGCAAGAACGAUCAUUGCGGACAGACGUUCACAUUUCAUCAACCUCGUGGAUCAAAGAUGUUGCCACAGGGGAAGACGGGCAGCAGUUGCUGGCUAUCUAUUCCCCUCUUGGGCCGCCCUUACUCUGACUCCUUAGAUCCUGCAAGGCCAACCACCGGCGGAAAACGCCCAGCAGGAACAGUUUUGUUGCAGGAACCACGGACAUCGGCAAGAGUUCUACCGACAGCUACAGCUCCAGACUCUGACUCCUCAGAUCCUGCAAGGCCAACAACUGGCGGAAAACGCCCAGCAGGAACAGUUUUGUUGCAGGAACCACUGACAUCGUUCCUGAUCCCUAACGUUCGUGCGGAAUGCAUCAUCAAGGAUGAAACAAAGUUAUUCAAAUACUGCCAACCGGAGGACGUAGACGCCGUGGACUGCGAAGAUGACGAAGUCACACAGACCUGCCGGAUUCCUGUUUUCCAAGGAAAGUCAUUCAUCGGAUACGUGCCCCUGCCACCGCGAUACAGGGCGGUCUGGCUCCAGUUGUCUUACUACAUAGUUGUCUAUACUCAGAUGUGGAAACUUUGGGGGGCGGAGGCGAAGUCAGCCAAGAGGCAAAGUAAAGCAAAGACUACUCUUCUGCGUCAGAGCACCGGUGCUCUUGUGGCCCAGCACAUGACGGCUCGGUUGAUGGCGGUGGACGAAUUGGUCUCCCUGGCUCACGAUCUCUCGACGCCUCGUAAAGAGAGGGUCCGCAUUCUUGACGAAUGGAAAAUUCGGAUGGAUCGUGAUUGGUUCAGCAAGACUUACGAGCAGGUUGCUGUUGGUGGAGCCCAAUUCCUCAGCAUCGAUCCAAUUAGAGCAGAAAACAGAGCACUUUUCGAUGCAGAGGGCAAGGAGAUGUUGUUGCCCUCAGAAGACGUGUUGGAUUGGAUUGACGGCGAGGUCUAUGGGCUCGAUGAAUUGUUUAAAACCACUUUGAGGAAGCAGGCGUUGGACUCCUUGAAAAAACCAGACGAAUUCUCGCAGACCCAAUAUCAAGAUGGGGCGGAGUUACCAGAAAGAUGGCACGAGGGACACAGCCCUGCUCCAUAUCUCUGGAGCGUGAAACAAUGGGAUUGGGUCACCAAAGGCAACGACAUCCGUUCGAGGCCAAUCGACUUGUUGUUUUGCUGCCUCACAAAUGACCCAACAUACACGGAAUUUGAACAGUUUGCUCAAGUCCUUAAUUCACUGGCAAGCAUCGUCAUUCCUACACCGGACUUCGCUGGCAUCUUGGGGUUGGGCAAGCGGCUGUGGUUGGGACAGGUGACCUGGAAGGAUUUCGUGGAUGACUUCUUGGACAACCAUUUGACUGCGGGCGACAUCGGAACUUCAGAGACCUCGGAACAACUGGGUAAUCCGGUUAUUGCCUGCCUUGUUGUUUCUGCUAUUGACGUUCAAUCUUUGCAUCCAGACUCGCGGAACACCUUGAAUACCCUGGAGGUCCGGUUGUUGCUCGAAGACUCGCGGAACACCUUGAAUACCCUGGAGGUCCGGUUGUUGCUCGAAGGUUAUGUCCGCCGGCAGAGGUCUAAGCCUGAUCAACCCUGGAACAUCAGAGAUCAAGUUCUAUGGCAAGCCCUUAGCAGAGCGUUGCCAGGGAAGGAUCACAGUGAUGUCUUGAAAGGCAUAAUCUGGAAGAUCGUGUCCGGCCAGAACGUCUCCGAUGUGUUGAACGCAUUGAAGUCAAAUGAGAAGAAGAGGAAAAGAUCGUCGAGAGGCAUGUCACAGAGAAAUGUUCGAUCUGCCCGCCAGGAGCGAGCUGAGGAAGUCGAUCGGGUUCACGAUAGCGAUGGAGGUGGUGAUACAGGGAAUGUUGGCGGACAAGGGCAAGCAAGUGCUGCUCUGACAUCAGGAGGCGAUGUUGAAAUGCAAGUCGACAAUAAUCCAGACGUCUCUGGAUCCUCUGGCGAACCAGCACAAGAUAUCACUACAGGGCGCGAAUCCAACGAAAUGGAAGACAUUGUACGAAACAUUCCAGAUGUCUCCACCGACCAAGGGAUGUUACCUCCUCCUCCUCCCCCUCCUCCAACACCACCUCAAAUAUCAACGCCACCUCCAAUUACAACACGUCAUAUGCCUCCAAUUUCCACGCCGCCUCCUGCUCCUUCAAUUUCAACACCUCCUCCAUCUCCGCCUGCUCUCUACGCCGAUCCAAAUGAUCCUGGUUCGGUGGCUCUCGUGCACCUUUUUUCAUUCAUGAACCACAGGUCGUUGGAGCGGUACGAAGCCGACAUGAACGCCGAGUACCCAUCUGAUCCUCCAGGAAUCAUCAAGGAGUUCGUGGAAGCCAUUGCCGCUAGGACCGGUUCUAAUCAUUCACGUCCUGACGAAUUUGCGCACUUGAGUGGCGCCUUGCAAGUGGUAGAGAAAAGGAGAGAAGCUGGAGAGAUGUGUAGGAAUCUGUUGUGA